AUGUAUGAAUACUCUAUGAUGGAGGAGCUCAACCUGGCCAACAUUGACCCCUACUUUUGGUCCCUUGCUAAGCAAGAGGCCGAGAUGCUAGACCCGCAGCAUUGCAUAUUAAAACGGCAUGCAUGUGAAUCAGCGGACGAUUACGGAAUCGACGCUCUCUUCGGUGUCUAUCAACGCAAGACUGUUUAG